UCCACCACGUCCGUCCAUCUCAUACCAUCAUACGGGACUUGGACAGAUGGGGUAGGUACAUGCCACGAACGCAACAGUCAGUCAAAACACAGCGCUGUCGCAGAGUCGUCGGCAUAGACAAAAGAAGCUCACCCGAGCCGCGGAAGCUGGCGACUGGAGUUGCCUUGCUUAGAAACACCUUCAACCCUCUCCUCCCCAGCACUCGCUAAACGGAGAAGACGCCUCCCAGUCAUCCGUCUCGCACAACAAUGGCAGCCCGAUUGCCAACCACCCUGCGAUCCGCCCUCCUCAUCCCAUCCGCGCGCACCCUCUCCACCACCACUCGAUCAUCCCCCUUCCUCCAACAUGCGCAACGAAGCUUUCAAACCAGCCGUAGAGCAAUGCAAGAGGCUACCGUCCUACCCCCCAGAAGACCUGUCGGCGCCUUCAGAGGAACUCUCUUCGGCUUCCUUCUCGGCUCGGUGAUUGCGGGUGCUGGGCUGUACUACUACGUCAUUGACGAGUACAAAGUGUCGAAUGAACUCCUGACCGAAGACAUCUACGCUUUGCAAGCCGCCGUUCAACGGCUAGAAGGCUAUGUCAAGAACCUAGAAGAGGGGGUCAAGGUGAAGAAGUGAUGCAUAUCAUCUGUAGAUGCCCAAUGCAACAGCAGCACCACGGAUGCGAGGGGAGGUGUUU